AUGGCUGCUGCAUCCUUAUCCAAUCCCUCGGGUUUCUCCGCGAUUUCCUCCUCCUCCAUGAUCGUUCCAUCUCCUCUCCCUCGUACCACGUCAGCACUGAGCAGCUUGCUGUUAUCGAGGCGCAGUGAUGCGCUUCCCGGUUUCCCGGAGCUGCUUUUGUCGCCUGGGACAUGCGACAGGUACCCCUAUUCCUUCUCUCGCGUUCCUAGCGAAGCGUCAUUUAGCGCGGACGGCUCGUGGCCGGAUAACUUCAGAGUCUGGGAGAACGGCGGUGGAUUGGUCCACGUGGAGGCGGUGGUUGACAGCUCAGCAGUGAUCGAACCUUCCGCUGUGGUCCAUUCCGAGGCUCGGAUUGGCGCGAAAACGAGGAUCGGAUCAGGGUCGGUGGUGGGGCCGUACGUGAAAAUAGGCGCGGAGACUGUCAUAUGGUACAACGUAUCGCUCACGAAUUGCACGGUCGGGGAUCGCUGUGUUUUCCACAACGGCGUGCAGAUCGGGCAGGAUGGGUUUGGUUUCUUUGUGGACGAAUCCGGCAUCAUGGUAAAAAAGCCACAGACGCUGGGGGUGCAGAUAGGCAGUGAUGUGGAGAUGGGAGCAAACACAUGCGUGGACAGAGGCAGCUGGAGGGACACACAGAUUGGUGAUUUCGUGAAGAUUGAUAACCUUGUGCAGAUUGGGCACAAUGUGGUCAUUGGUCGCUGCUGCAUCAUCUGCGGGCAAACCGGCAUUGGCGGCUCGUCCACUCUGGGCGACUAUGUGGUGCUGGCAGGGCAAGUGGGCGUGGCCGAUCAUGUCACCAUAGCAGAUAAGGUGCGGGUAGCAGCCAAGUCAGGAGUGGCAUCGGAUAUCAAGGAGCCAGGGGACUAUGCCGGCUUCCCCACGGUGAAAGCGAGCGAGUGGCGGCGAUUGGUGGUGAUGGAAAGGAGAAUGAUGAAGGGAACGGCCCCUGCUGCAGAUAGAUCCGCGCCAUCUUCUAAUCCAACGUUCUCCAAAGUUUCAAAAUCCUCCCUCUGGCUCUUCCGACUUCCGCGCUCCUCCUCGUUCGCACCGCGCUUCUCCCCCCCCCUCCCCUCAUCCUUCCCUCUGACUUGCGCUACUCCGCCGCCCUGCACUCCUCCUCCCCCGCAAUCUCUCCGCGUGUCUGCUAGCAGGGACUCCGCGCGGUCGACGCGCGGGGGGCAGCUCUCCGCGGGGGACCUGCUGGGCGGAGAGGAGCGCGUGGGCGCGCGGGAGCAGCGCAACGCCGCGUGGAGCGCGUGCGCGCUGACGGGGGAGGCGCUGAGAGAGCCAAUCGUGGUGUGCCAGCUCGGACGACUCUACAACCGGGAGAGCGUGCUACAGCUGCUGCUGUGGCGAGCGGGCGUUGUGGCAGAAGAGAGUCACAAGUGGCGGUUCACCAGGCUGCAGGACCAUCUGCACCGCUUUGCACACAUCCGAUCCACCAAGGACAUUGCCACAGUGCACUUCCCCUCAGUCGACCAUCCAGCCAACACCAGCCGGGGUGACAGUGGCGGGGGUAACAGCGGUGAGGGAGAGAAUGGAACCAACGAGGAUAGCAGCAGGUGUGGCGCCGGUACUAGCGCUGCUGGUGUUGCUGCUGCUGGUACUAGCUCUGCUGACACGCUGGCUGCAUCUGCGGCUGCCCGUAGCAGUAGCAGAAGCGGUGGCAGCAGCACAACGAGAGGCAGCAGCAGCAGCAGCAGCAGCAGGGACGCCUCGCACUGGGUUUGCGCACUUUCAGGCGCCUCUGCCAGCACUGGCCAGCCCUUCUCUUUCCUCCGCCCCUGUGGACAUGCAUUCAGUACACGAGCACUGGCUCAGUUGAAGGAGAGACAGUGCCCUGUCUGUGGAAAGGCAUACAAUGGAAGCUCUGAUGUCACUCCCAUCAACCCCACACCUGACCAGGUGGAGCACUUACAGCAACAACUGAGAGUGAAGGGUCGUGCCAAGAGAAAGGGAAUGGCAGCAUUUGUUCAAAGUUCUCAAUCUGAUGCCGAUUCUCUAUCCAACAAGCGGUGCUGCAAGAACAACUGA